AGGCGCGCGAAUCAUAAGUCUACGCAGGAGGUGGGUAGGUUCUCUCUUUUCGCUCUCAGACAUGGGCACACCACAGAAGGAUGUUAUCAUCAAGUCUGAUGCACCUGUCACCCUUUUACUGGAGAAACAUGCAGAUUAUAUUGCAUCCUAUGGCUCAAAGAAAGAUGACUAUGAAUACUGUAUGUCUGAGUACUUGAGAAUGAGUGGUAUCUACUGGGGUCUAACAGUAAUGGAUCUCAUGGGACAACUUGAUCGGAUGAAUAGAGAAGAGAUUCUGACGUUUAUUAAGUCAUGCCAACAUGAGUGUGGUGGAAUAAGUGCAAGCAUUGGACAUGAUCCUCAUCUUUUGUAUACUCUUAGUGCUGUCCAGAUUCUUACUCUUUAUGAUAGUAUUAAUGUUAUUGAUGUAAAUAAAGUUGUGGAAUAUGUUCAAAGUCUACAGAAAGAAGAUGGUUCUUUUGCUGGAGACAUUUGGGGAGAAAUUGAUACAAGAUUCUCCUUUUGUGCAGUGGCAACUUUGGCUCUGUUGGGGAAACUUGAUGCUAUUAAUGUUGAAAAGGCAAUCGAAUUUGUUUUAUCCUGUAUGAACUUUGAUGGUGGAUUUGGUUGUCGACCUGGUUCUGAAUCCCAUGCUGGACAGAUCUAUUGUUGCACAGGAUUUCUGGCUAUUACUAGUCAGUUGCAUCAAGUAAAUUCUGAUUUACUUGGUUGGUGGCUUUGUGAACGUCAGUUACCUUCAGGAGGACUCAAUGGAAGGCCGGAGAAGUUACCGGAUGUGUGCUAUUCAUGGUGGGUAUUGGCUUCCCUAAAGAUAAUUGGAAGGCUUCAUUGGAUUGACAGAGAGAAACUGCGAGCCUUCAUUUUGGCAUGUCAAGAUGAAGAAACUGGAGGGUUUGCAGAUAGACCAGGAGACAUGGUGGAUCCUUUUCAUACAUUAUUUGGCAUUGCUGGAUUGUCACUUUUGGGAGAAGAACAGAUUAAACCUGUUAGUCCUGUUUUUUGCAUGCCUGAAGAAGUGCUUCGAAGAGUCAAUGUUCAGCCUGAACUAGUGAGCUAGAUCACAUUGUUGAUGGAAAAGAUCUUCCUUGAGUAUUGCCAUCUCAACAUUUCUGGUUUUGAACCUAAAAAUUACUGCUAAUAUUUUGUAUAUUGUUAAAUUAAUUUUAAUAAAUUAUAUAAUUAUACAUAUUAUAAAAUAAAGGCUUGUAUUGCAUUUUCUUUUAGAUUCCUUUUUGAAAUGCUGUUAUGUUUUUUUGUGUAAAUGUAUCUGUUACUCUUAUCCCCAUAUCAGGAAACUUAAGAAUUUAAUUUUCCUUGAUUUUUUGAAUGUGCUCCUGUAUUCAAAAACCAUAGUUAAUGUUAAUUGGUUUGUGUCAACAGAAUGUUCACUGAUGUAAAUGGUAAACAUGAAUUAAAAGAUGCACAAAA